CGCAAUCGCAUGGACAUUGCAAUUGCUAUUCCAGAGGGACACCGACUGCAUUUACGAGCACACACAACACUCACCAGUGAUGCUACCCCGCAACGAGAUUGAAAACUCCCGGUUUGAGUCACCUCGACUUUAGAAUGGUGCAGAAAAAUGUUAACGGUGGGGUUUACCCAACUCAAGCCGGAGAGAAGAAGCACAAAGUCGGCUUUGUCGGAUUGGACCCUGGGGCUCCCGAAUCUAGCAGGGACGGGGCGCAGCUGAUUGCGGGCUCGGAAAGCACAAAGCGGACCAGUAUCCUAUGCAGACGGAGGUCCAGUGCCAUAAGAGGUGGGAGAACGCCGAAGAAAAACCCCAGCUAUAGGAAACUACAGAAUUUUCUAUAUAAUGCACUUGAAAGACCGCGGGGAUGGGCGUUUAUUUACCACGCUUAUGUCUUCCUGUUGGUGUUUUCCUGUCUCAUCCUCUCUGUUUUCGCUACCAUCAACGAGUUCAAGAACAGUUCUGAGACUGCCUUGUACAUUCUGGAAAUAGUGACCAUCGUGGUGUUUGGAGUUGAGUACAUUGUGAGGAUAUGGGCGGCGGGCUGCUGCUGUCGCUACAGAGGAUGGAGGGGAAGGCUGAAAUUCGCCCGCAAGCCUUUCUGUGUUAUCGACAUCAUGGUCUUGAUAGCAUCUGUGUCGGUGCUGGCUGCUGGCUCCCAGGGAAAUGUCUUCGCCACCUCUGCCAUCCGCAGUCUCCGCUUCUUGCAGAUCCUCCGCAUGCUGCGGAUGGACCGGCGCGGGGGCACCUGGAAACUUCUAGGAUCAGUGGUCUAUGCCCACAGCAAGGAACUAAUCACUGCUUGGUACAUAGGCUUCCUCUGUCUCAUCCUGGCUAGUUUCCUGGUGUACUCGGUCGAGAAAGAUGACAACGACAUGUUUGAGACCUAUGCUGAUGCCCUGUGGUGGGGGCUGAUCACCCUGACCACCAUAGGCUAUGGGGAUAAGUUCCCAAAGACCUGGAAUGGACGUCUGCUGGCUGCAAUGUUCAGUAUGAUAGGAGUGGCUUUCUUUGCGCUCCCAGCUGGUAUCCUGGGGUCUGGUUUUGCUCUGAAGGUCCAGGAGCAGCACAGACAGAAGCAUUUUGAGAAGCGACGCCAACCUGCUGCUGGUCUGAUACAGAAUGCUUGGCGAUUUUAUGCUACGAAUCUCGCUCGGACUGAUCUGCUGUCGACGUGGGAUUUUUAUGAGGAGAACGUUUCUCUCCCAAUGUACAGACUCAUACCCCCCCUCAAUCAACUGGACCUCCUGAGGAAUCUGAAGGCCAAAUCCUUCAGCAGGAAGGACUCUCAGACAGAAGCCUCCCCCAGCCGGAAGCCUAGCCUAAAGGACAAGGUGCAUCCUAGUCCUUCCAAGAUGGCUGGGGCCACAGGGAGGUCCCAGUCCCCUGGGCCUGAAGACGGGGCAGAGGGAGGGCCGAGCUGGAGCUUCGCUGACAGGGCCCAAGGGGCCAUGCAUGCUUUCCGUGCCAGGGGCAGCACCUCGCGCCAAAACUCAGAGGUGCUGAUUGAAAUGCAGGAUGAAGACUUUGGACUGAAGAGUUCUCCAGAGGCUUGCCUCCCCGGGGAGGACGUUGGGGAUGAUAAGAACUGCAACUGUGAAUUCCUUCAAGAUUUAUCUCCUGGGUUGAAGGUCACAAUUAGGGCAAUAAUCAUCAUGAGGUUUCUGGUGUCAAAGAGGAGGUUUAAGGAGAGCCUACGGCCAUACGACGUGAUGGAUGUGAUAGAGCAGUACUCCGCAGGCCACUUGGACAUGCUGAGUCGGAUUAAGCAACUACAGUCCAGAGUGGACCAGAUUGUUGGUAAAGGUCCUCCAGAUAAAGGUGCCAAAGGUGGCGGUGACGGGGAGAAAGAGGAGGUGGACCCCAGCAUGAUGGGACGUAUGAUGAAAGUGGAGAAACGGGUGGGCUCCAUGGACAGAAAGUUGGAUUUCCUGGUCAACGUGUACGUACAGCGCAUGGGCAUCCCGCGCUCUGAGACAGAGGCCUAUUUCAACUCCAAGGAAGCCUACCCUGCACCCCCUUACAUUAGCCCCGAGGAUUGCAAGGAGGAGAAGCAGGAGGAGGAAAAGACGGUGAAAGAGGAGGAGAAGAAGGAGAAGAGCUGCUCCGCUGCCGAGGUCCUCCGCUCCGUGGAGAGGAAGAAGUGUUCCCCGGAGCCCAGGUCUUUGGGCACGCCCUCCGGCAGCCGCAGCCGCCCCUGCACCUCCUGGGAGCACCAGCUGCAGCACCCUCUCAGCCAGCCCGCCUGGAACAGCAGUGUGGCCAACAGCCCCUCACCUAUAGGGGGGGGCAGCGGAGAGCACUCCCCCUCUCUGUUCCGCCUGCCACCCCCUCCCCCACCCAUCCACGAGCGCUCAUCCUCCGGGGCAGGAGGGAGCAGUAGCCGGGAGGGCUCCUCCCAGGGCAGGAAGCGCAACAGGAGGCAGAGGCGUCAGCCAGACGUGGCCCCGCUGCCCACCGCGGAGAGUGACACGUCCCUGUCCAUCCCAUCAGUGGACCACGAGGAGCUGGAGCGCUCCUUCAGUGGGUUCAGCAUCUCCCAGGCCAAGGAGGACUUCUUUGGGGCGUCGUUCUUCAAUGGGGUGGCUGCAGAAACAGGGGCAUCUCUCUGCGCCAGGGUUAGACCCUUCAUUGCUGAGGGUGAAUCAGACACAGACUCUGACCUGUACACCCCUGGCGGCCCCUCGCCCCUCUCCUUCAGCGGUGAGGGGGCAGGGGGGUAUGGAGACAGAAUCUGGCCACCUCUCAAGUAGGCUAGGAUCAGAAUAACUGGCCCCUAGUAUGAGCUGGGAUGGAUUGAGAUAUGAGGGGAGGAUCAAGAAGAUUGCAUAUGUUAACGCUAGUCACUGAAACUUUCACAAACAAAAAAUGGCCCAAUUGAAUCUGUCUUGUGUGAUUGUAUGUGUAUGACCAUUGAGGUAUUCAGAGUUGUUUUAGAUAGGGUGUCAAAUGCUUGAGUUGAUGCUUUUCAUGUGAACUGAAGCCGAUUUUAAGUUAAAAGAUUAAUAUCUACUGCGCUUUCUGAACACUCAGUGAUUUCUCUGGACCAAAAAAUGUGGGGGGAUAUUGGAAGAUAUGUCGAUACAGUAGCCCGUCAGUCGGCUAUACCUACAGUACAAGUCACCUACUGUAUGUUUAGGUUAUGCUGAGCCUUCGAAAAUGAUCACUGCCUUGUUGGUUUUAUUCCAGUAUGACACGAUUUUAUUAGAAUUUAAUUGUUGCUAAUAGUUUUCAUUCUGAAUAUGGCACUCAGUUACAUCAGUGGCAUUAGUAUAUGAUUUAAUCAUGAAUUUUUGCGGCAAAUUCAGUAUAAUUCUAAAAGCCAAACUGUAAUGUGCUGAUGGGUUGUGUGCUGUGGUUUAUGUACUGUUGUCCUUGGUAGAAAACAUUAUCGCAAACAAAUAGAGAAUACUGUAGAUGCAGCAGCACAACCCUUCUGAAGCGUAUGGUCUUAUUAAACACUGCGCUGACUCCUGGAAACGCAUGUCUUAAAUGAGUUCUGCAGAGUAAUACACAACGUACAGUUCUACACUCUUAUUUAACCGCACGAUGACAGAGCGAGAUGACAAGAUUCACAUGACAUGAUUUUUAAGAGGAGGAGUUGUAGAACUGAGACACAAGCUAGUAGGUAGGCUUUCUACUUUUGAGAUUUCAUCAAUAAUAUCUUACUGGUGGUGUCUGUUAAAUAUGUCAAGUCAAUUUCUUAAUUAAAAAAAAACUGCACGAAAAUAAUAAUAAAUGAACUGCAUGGCAUGUACAACAGAAUAGUUGCUUUAGAUAGGAUGUGUAUGACUGUGGCAAGUAGGAACCAAACUAAAUUACAUUCCUCAACCAUUUCCUCAACCAUUCCACAGAUGAUCGAACAGGAAAAUAAAACCAAGCAACAUUGCAUGAUUGACUUCAACUUAAAUAUAUACACUGCCGUUCAAAAUGUUGGGGUCACUUAGAAAUGUCCUUGUUUUUGAAAGAAAAGCACAUUUUUUGUCCAUUUAAAAUAACAUCAAAAUGAUCAGAAAUACAGUGUAGACUUUGUUAAUGUUGUAAAUGACUAUUGUAGCUGGAAACUGCAGAUGUAUUUUUAUUUUUAUGGAUUAUCUACAUAGGUGUACAGAGGGCCAUUAUCAGCAACCAUCACACCUGUGUUCCAAUGGUUGUGUUAGCUAAUCCAUGUCUAUAAUUUUAAAAGGCUAGUUGAUCAUUAGAAAACCCUUUUGCAAAGCUGAAAACUGUUGUCCUGAUUUGAGGCAAUAAAACUGGGCUUCUUUAGACUAGUUGAGUAUCUGGAGCAUCAGCAUUUAUGGGUUCGAUUACAGACUCAAAAUGGCCAGAAACAAAUAACUUUCUUCUGAAACUCGUCAGUCUAUUCUUGUUCUGAGAAAUGAAGGCUAUUCCAUGCGAGAAAUUGCCAAGAAACUGAAGAUCUCGUACAAUGAUGUGUACUACUCCCUUCACAGAACAACGCAAACUGUCUCUAACCAGAAUUGAAAGAGGAUUGGACAGCCCCGGUGCACAACUGAGCAAAAGGACAAGUACGUUAGAGUGUCUGGUUUGAGAAACAGACGUCUCACAAGUCCUCAACUGGCAGCUACAUUAAAUAGUACCUCUAAAACACCCAUCUCAACGUCAACAGUGAAGAGGCGACUCCAGGAUGCUGGCCUUCUAGGCAGAGUUGAAAAGAUAAAGCCUUAUCUCAGACUGGCCAAUAAAAAUGGAAUAUUAAGGUUGGCAAAAGUACACACACUGGACAGAGGAACUCUGCCUACAAGGCCAGCAUCCUGGAGUCGCCCCUUCACUGUUGACAUUGAGACUGGUGUCAAAAAAUUUGCAGUUUUUUUCCAAAAACGAGAUUUCUAAGUGACCCCAAACUUUUGAAUGGUAGUGUAUGUAAUGGGGCUAAGAAUUUGGAACAUUUCUGUAAAUGCAGUCUUGCUUGCAAAUGUUUGUCUCUUUUCAGGCACAUUAUCAGAUUCAUUCAAAGAAUAUGAAGACUUUAGUAGUUGCUAGUUAUAAUUUCAUGUCACUGAAUGAGACACGAAGAAAAACAUACAUUUGAAUGUAACCCCAAUGCACUUUAACUCACACGUUUUCUAUGUUAUUCAGUUUCAUGUUCAUAAUUCAAAUGAAGAAAAGAGAGCAGAACUAGAAAUGCAAUAUGAAAAGAAUAAGGUAAAAAUAAGCAGUCAAGCAUUGUCAAUAUGUUUAGUAGCAUCAGAGGUCCAUCAUCAAAACCUUAAUUACUUUCCCCAACUGAGACAUAAAUGUUACUGUCAGAACCACCCAUUUGCCUUUUCUGUCUAUGCCAUUACAUGAAGCCAAAAUACUGCAGUCUCAGAACCACCAUACUAGGCACUGUUCACAACUAAAGAUAAAAGAGCAAUGUUAUUUGUCCAAAUAUAUGCUUGCCGGAAUGUUACAACCCAAAGAAAUUACCACAGCUUUUACAUCUGUAAUAUCUGUAGUUAUGUACCUGCGUUGACAAAAAUAAAUGUUGUACAUCACUGG